AAUUUGACAAAAUGCAGUUUUGCUUAUUGCUGAUGUUUUGGGACAAAAAAAAACCAAAUACUAUAACAGUGAAGCUGAGCGACACAACAUUGGAACAAUCGAGAUUGGAACUACUGAAAGUGUGUUCAUGUGGCCCACCGGUUCUUCUAACAGACGCACCGUAUCCGGUCCUACCCUUAAAUGUGUCCCCCGACAGCUCGUUGCAUUAAUGAGGCGCGUGUGUUUGUUGGCAACGAAUUUAGUCCGUACAGAAUAUUUCUUAAAAACAAACAAUAACAGAACUCUCCUCAUCGAAUUGCAAAAGUCUCAGCGCAACCAGCUUCGUGCUCAGCGUGUCUCAUUUCAACUUCACGCCGCAGGGAGACGCCACAUGUCGACUGAAGCCAAGAGGCUCCGCGCAGACAGGAUGGCUGGCAAAAAAAUCGGAACCCACAACGGAACUUUUCACUGUGACGAGGUUCUGGCCUGCUUCUUCCUCCAGCAAUUACCCGAAUACAAGGAUGCAGAGAUUGUGCGGACCCGGGACUCCGCGCUGCUGUCAGGCUGUGACAUUGUCGUUGAUGUGGGAGGAGAGUUUGACCCACUGAGGCACCGGUACGAUCAUCAUCAGAGAACCUUCACAGAGACGUUCCACAGCCUGAGUCCCGAAAAGCCCUGGGUCACCAAGCUCAGCUCCGCUGGCCUGGUCUAUCUCCACUUCGGCCGUCAGCUGCUGGCCCAGCUGACGCAACUGAAGGAGGAUGACAAGCAGCUGGAGGUCCUCUAUGACAAACUCUAUGAGAACUUUGUGGAGGAGGUGGACGCUGUCGACAAUGGCAUUUCACAGUCUGAUGGUGAGGCACGCUACGCUAUAUCCACUACGCUGAGCGCACGUGUUGGCCAUCUGAAUCCACGCUGGAACAGCAAGAGUCAGGACACUGAGGAGGGGUUCAAAAAGGCCUUGGCAUUAGUUGGAGCAGAGUUUCUGGACCGUUUGGAUUUCUACAUGUCCUGCUGGUUGCCAGCCCGCCAAGUUGUGGAAGAUGCCAUCAAUGAGCGGCACAAGGUAGAUCCCAGUGGGCAGGUGAUGGAGUUCUUCCAGGGCGGUUGUCCCUGGAAGGAGCAUCUGUUCUCCCUAGAGAAGGAGCUCCAGGUAGAGACGCCCAUCAAGUAUGUGCUGUACUCCGACCAGAAUGGACAGUGGAGGGUCCAUUGUGUCCCUGCGGGCCUCAACACCUUCCAGAGCAGACUGCCCCUGCUGGAGGAGUGGCGCGGCAUCCGCGACGAUGAACUGUCCCAGCUCAGCGGCAUCGAGGGUUGCGUCUUUGUACACGCCAGCGGCUUUAUUGGUGGGAACAAGACGCGGGAAGGGGCCCUAGAGAUGGCCCGCAGGACCCUUCAGGCCACCUCCAAGUCUUCUGCGAAUGGAGACUGCUGAUCAGUCGGAAAGUUCCUUUAUUGUUGUUGUUCUUUGUAGUCAGAGAGGGUUGGCAUCACUAAUGUUCAUUUCGUUAGUCUGGGGAUGGUUUGGAACGGGGCAACAGCAAGCUGCCUUUAAUUAUGAUACUUGAUUUUGAUUUUGUUAAUGGACCCAAUAUCUGGAAGUGCGGUGAAAAAUAUUCUCAUUUUCCAGUCUUCCACAAUUUUGGUCAAUCAAGUAACUAACAAGAAAGAAAACGUACUCCUUGGCAGAUGAAAGUAUUUCCUGGUAAAUGCAAAAUGUCAUUAUCAGUUGUUGCCAUUGUCGCCAUUCAUUUCCAUGAAAAUGCUCUUUAUAUAAUAUUUAGUGGUCUUUUCCGUCUUUCUAGCAGUGAAGCUGUCGUCUUUGGCAAAUCUGUUCAUAUUCUCGCUGUCAACCAUCUGCCAAGGUUGGCCAUCAAAGCCUGCGAAUAGCCGUGAAUUCCCUUUUUAAGGAAGUCUAAUUCAUGCGGACGGGUCAGCACGGGGGCCGGUGGCUCCUUUCAUUGGUUGUGCACUACAAAGAAGCGUGCAGGCUAUUUCUACCCGGCUGCGGCAUCAAAGCAUCUAUAACGCGCGCCUUGAUUAAUUCAGAGAAAUUAAAUUUUCAAAAGCCGUGAACUGGCACUCCUCACGGUGGCUCACUGAGUUACACGCGUAAUUUCUGUCUGAUUUGUAACACGUAUUUCCUUCCCCUGUUGGUUAGCCUGUUGCUCCCAUUACAUAUAAGGUCACCUCCAUAAAUAUUGGGACAUCAUCACAAUUCUUAUCUGUUUGGCUCUGAACACCACCGCAAAGGAUUUGAAUUGAAAUGACAAAGCACUUUCAAAUUUAAUUUGACUCUAAACGGACCUCAACAGGUCAAAAGGUCAGGUGAUUGACUUGGCCGUUGCAUAAAAUUCCACUUCUUGCUGACCCCCCCAAAAAAAACAAAAACAUGAUGCAAAAACUUAAUUAUUUUACCGAAAAUUGAAACACCUGAAUAAAUAAAAUGUAUUUGUAUGCACUUUUCAUGGAAAAAUGCAACAAAAAAUAUUUGGAAAUUAUGUCAACAUUACAGUGGGCCAGUUGGUGCUCCCACACAGGCACGGGGAGAACAUGUAAACUCAACAGAUUGGGCCGGGAUCGAACCCAGGUCCUCUUAACUGUGAGGCCAACGCUUUACCAGCUGAUACACCGUGCCCAUAAUUCAUUUUGACAUGCAAGUUUGACUUUGAAUUAUUAGACAUUUAUGUUUUUAAUGUUAAAGUUAGUAUUUUAUUGAAGCUGUUUUAUUUCAUAUACUCUUUUCACUUUUGUCUUUGGUUUAUGGCACUGUGUCAUUUUCAAAAUAUGAGUUUAAGCUGUGGUAAUAAAGUGACCUCCCAGUCAACUCAACUGGA